AUUUUCAGCUGGCACAAUGAUUCGAUAGUUUUUUGUUUUUUUUUUGUUUUGUGAAUUUUGUUGUUUCGCUGAAUUUUGAUUUAAUUUUUUUUUGUUGUUGAUUUUUUUGAUUGUUUUAUCGAUAAUUUGUGGCCAAUUUGAACGAUCAUAAUGAUUAUUCGGCUACAAUCACCUCAUGGUAACAAACGUAUUGAAUGUGAUUCAUACGAUAGUACAUCGGAACUUUAUUAUAAAGCACAAAAAGCCUACGAUAUUGAUGAUAUUUUUGGAUUUAAAUUAUACAAAGAUGCUCAAUUUACACAGUCAAUAUUGAUGCAUGAACGUAAAUCUCUUCAGGAUUUCAAUCUUAAACAUGGUGAUCUAAUUCAUUUGAAAAUUACUGCUAACAAUUCAUUAUCGAAUGGUAAUGAUUCAGCAACAUUGAGUAAAUUAUUUAAUGUAUCAAUUUCUGGAGAAAUUGAUUCAGUUGACACUAUUCUAAUGAAACGUGAUGGUUUAAUUGAACGAAAAAUGGAUGCUAAUCUAUGUCAACAUGGACCAAAAGCUAAAUGUGUUCAUUGUGCACCAAUUGAACCAUAUGAUGAAUCUUAUAUGAAAGAACAUAAUAUUAAACAUAUGUCAUUUCAUUCAUAUCUACGUAAAUUGAAACGUGGUGCCGAUAAAGGUAAAUUUGUUUCACUUGAAGAUAUUAGUUGUAAAAUAAAACCCGGUUGCAAAGGACAUCCUGCAUGGCCUGAAGGAAUUUGUACCAAAUGUCAACCAAGUGCUAUAACAUUAAACAGUCAAACAUAUCGUCAUAUUGAUAAUGUUACAUUUGAAAAUACAUCGAUUGUUGAAAAUUUUUUAGAUUAUUGGCGUACAACUGGUAAUCAACGUAUGGGAUUCUUGUAUGGUUAUUAUGAACCAUAUAAAGAUGUACCACUUGGUAUUAAAGCUGUUGUGGUUGCUAUUUAUGAACCACCACAAGAAAGUACACGUGAUUUGAUUAAAAUUCAUAUGGAAAGAUUAGAUUUUUCAGAUGUUGAUAUGGUAGCUGGACAAUUAGGUUACAAACGUAUUGGUUGGAUAUUCACUGAUCUUAUACCACAAGAAAAAGGAACUGUAAAAUAUAUUCGUAGUUCGGAUUCAUAUUUUCUUACAGCUCAAGAAUGUAUUAUGGCCGGUUUUUUUCAAAAUUGUCAUCCAAAUCCAUGUAAAUUAUCAAAAAGUGGUUAUUUUGGUUCGAAAUUUGUUACCGUUUGUGUUACUGGUGAUCGAAAUAAUCAAAUUCAUAUUGAAGCUUAUCAAGUAUCGAAUCAAUGUAUGGCAUUAGUACGUGAUGAUUGCCUCUUGCCUACAAAUGUACCAAUGUUAGCCUAUGUUCGUGAAUCAAAUAAAGAUCGUUAUGUACCGGAUGUUUUUUACAAAGGAAAUGAUGAAUAUGGAAAUGAAGUAACAAAAAUUGCACGUCCAUUACCGAUUGAAUAUUUAUUGGUUGAUGUUCCAGUAUCGGCACCAAUUGAACAAACCUAUACAUUUAAUCCGAUUCAAGGAUUUAGACAUUUUCCUAUCGAAAAUCGUAUGAUUGAAGGACAUUUACAAGAUUUUCAAGCACUAUUUCAAUAUAUGCGACAAUUUAAAUUUCCAGAACAAUUUUUACAAGCAAUGUUAGAUUUUCAUCUAUUAAUCUAUUUACCAUCAAUGGAUACAGUAUCAUUACGUGAUGCAAUAACCGAUUUAUUAAAAGCAUUAAAAACAAAAGAUCAAUCGAAAGCAAUUGAAUGGUCAAAACAGGAUAAUUGGUCAACUGUUGAACAAUUGUUUAAAGCACUUUCAGAUGGUUAAAAAAAAAUUGUUUAAGCCAAGAAAAAAAAUUUUUUUGGUGUAAAUAA